CUUUAAUUAAAACAUUUCUUUAAUUCGAAGAAGACUUGGAAAAGACAAAAUUUUCAAGAUCAGACUCACAUAUAUCUGAGAUUAUUAGUAGAGUUGUGGAGAUUACUUUAUUCAAUAAUGGAUGAUCCAGCAAUUUCCUCUCCAACCAACAAGCAUUUCUUCGUCAUAGUUCUUCAUGGACACAAAUCCAGUCCCAUGAUUCCUGCUGAGUUUUUUUCGACUUACGUGGAAGGUAAAAACCACCAGUCUACAAAACUGAAACUGACCUCGGACGCUUUCGAUAGAACCUGGGAAGUGAAAUUGAACGGCCGCAGAUUCGCCGGCGGCUGGGAAAAUUUCUCCACCGUACACUCUCUCCAAGAUGACGACGUUGUGAUUUUCAGGGAAAUCGGGGACAUGACCUUUCACGUCACAGCCUCCGGUCGCAGUUUCUGUAAGUUACAGUACAUAUCCUCUGACGAAGAUAGGGCUGAUGAAGAUGAUGCAUGGAACGUGUAUUCAGAUUCCAAGAACAUUGUGUCGAAGAAGAAGCCAAGAACAGAAGCAGAGUCUUCAUCCAAAAACUAUUAUCUUGUUGCGCAUGUCACGCCUUCGAACCUAAGCCGAGAUAGAUUGUAUCUUAUAAAGGCUUUUGCGAGGUCAAAUGGCCUGAACGAGAGAUGCUGUGAGAUUGAUCUAAUGAAUAAACAUGGAAAAUCAUGGACACUUGGUCUGAGAUACAGUACAGUCAAUGAUCAGGCUAGUAUCAGUGGAGGCUGGAGAGACUUCUGCUUAGUAAAUGGGCUAGAAGCUGGAUCAUUCUACAGGUUUAAGCUUGUCCAAAACGGGGAAAGGCCUUUACUACGGUUGUGUUACGACACUAUUCCAGAAGAAGACUGUUACAAAGGAAACAGAAAAGUUAAUCUUUCAGAGAGUGCUUCAAUGAAGCAGGGCAAGUUUCUGACAAUGACCUUUAAGCCUUACAUGCUCAAGUCAGGUCAACUUCGUCUCUCGAGACCCUUUGCAAUAGAGAAUGAAAUAAAGGAGGCAGAGGAUAUAACACUAGUGGACAAAAAUGGAGGAAACUGGCCAUCCUAUGUAGCUUCUGGCGAUGGUCAAGGAGGAAAGUAUUAUUUGGCAAAAGGUUGGAGAAGUUUUUGUGCAGCCAAUAGGUUAAAGACGGGAGAGACCUUCACGUUGGAGUUUGUUCGAGGAGAAGGCACAACUCCAAUGCUAAAGUUCUGCUCCAAGUCCAAGGACAAGAUAGAACAAGUACCAUUUGAUGAAGGAGGGGAGACUCAAGAAGAAACAGAGACUAGGGUCAAAAAGAGAGCUCGAGUUUCUGCAGAAAGAGGAUCUUCUCGCCGCAAUCAGGCAUCAAAUAAACCCAAUGCUGAUCCACAAAACUUGCAGCCUGGGCAACCACAUUGCUCAAUCUCUGAUCAAGUGCAAAAGGUGAAACAGAUUAUUGUUGACACUUUAACCGGGAUAAAACGGAUUCGGUCAGAGCUAGAAAGAAAGGGACAAAAGUUAGAAGCUUCGAUACUGGAAAUUGAUGCUUUAGGGGAGAAAGUGUCGGAAAUCAACAAAAUCCUCAAGUAAACAUCAAGUUUAAAAGUGACUGAAGAUCAGGAAAUGGAGCAUGGACUCUUUUGCAAACUUUGUUUGUAUCUCGACGUUAGCUCAUUCUAGACUUUAGAACUUUCCUGAGAAUGAGAUUGAUCUCAUAAUCCCUCUAAUUGAUGAAAGUCUGUUUCUUUUCCCACAUGUUCAACAAUGGAGUGAAGGAGUUAGUUGACCAUAGAGAACUCCUUUUGUAUAGCAUUAUCUCAUCAAGUCUUAUGACAGUUGAUUUUCUAAUCCUCAAGAAUAA